GGUCUUAAACUCCACAUGAUAGUUCACACCGGACAGAAGCCUUACACGUGUGAGCAAUGUGGACGGAGUUUCACUCAAAAAAAUGCCUUAACGGAUCAUAUGAGAAUCCACACCGGAGAGAGGCCUUUUAAAUGUAGGAAGUGCAGGAAGAGUUUUGCCUACAAAAAAAUUUUAAAAGUUCACUUGAAAGUUCAUAGUGGAGUGAAACCAUACACAUGUGAUCAAUGUGGGAAGAGUUUUGCAAAUCUAAGCAACUUAAAAUCACAUCUGAUCACUCAUUCUGGAGAAAGACCAUAUAACUGUGAUCAGUGUGGAAAAAGCUUUUCUGGUGCAAAAUCCCUGAAAAACCACAUGAUAGUUCAUUCAAAGAAGGAACAUCACAAGUGUUCUUUGUGUGAAAAGAGUUUUGCUCAGCUGCUACAUUUAAAAAAUCACCAGAAAAGACACAGCGGUGCGAAGAAUCAUAUGUGCUUUGAUUGUGGGAAGAGCUUUAUUAGAGAUGUUGAACUCAGACAUCACCAGAGAAUCCACACUGGAGAAAAACCUUACAAAUGUUCACACUGUGACAAGACAUUCAGUAGUUAUGGAUCUUGUAAAAGACAUGAAAGGACCCACACUGGAGAGAAGCCGUAUUACUGCUCUACAUGUGGGAAAAACCUAAUGGAAGAGAAUGAAGAGAGUGGAGAACUGAAUGAAUUGAGUUCCUCACAGAGUGAAAGUACUUUGUUGAAAAGAAGUGCCAAAACAUCUUUAACCUGUCCUCAGUGUGGAAAGAGUUUUGCAUACAAAAAAAGUCUUAAAGUUCACAUGAAAAUCCACACUGGAGAGAAACCACACACAUGUGAUCAGUGUGGGAAGAGUUUCACACAGAAAUGCAGACUUAAGGAACACAUGAAAAUUCACACUGGAGAGAAACCAUACACAUGUGAUCAGUGCGGGAAGAGUUUCAGUAAGGCGAACAGCUUUAAAUUACACCUGCGUUAUCAUUCUGGGAAAAGACCCUAUACCUGUGAUCAAUGUGGUAAAGAUUUUUUCAGGACAGAUGCCCUGAAGAACCACCGGAAAGUUCAUACACAGGAGAAGCCUCACAUUUGUUCUCUGUGUGGAAAGAGUUUCACUGAGCUGGCUGCUUUAAAAAAACACCAGAAAAGACACAGCGGUGUGAAGAAUCAUAUGUGCUUUGAUUGUGGGAAUGUAUUUUUUGAUAGUGCUCAACUGAGACGGCACCAGAGAACUCACACUGGAGAAAAACCUUACAAGUGUUCACACUGUGACAAGAGUUUCAGUCAGUCAGAACAUCUGAAAACACACGAGAGGGUCCACACCGGAGAGAAGCCGUACCCAUGUGAUCAGUGCGGGAAGAGUUUUGCCCGAAAAGGACACCUUAAGGGUCACAUGAAAACACACACUGGAGAGAAGCCGUAUCAUUGCACUCAUCCUUGUAGCAUUAGCGGAUCUUAAACAGAUUCUUACAUU